AUGGCCCUCCGUGGUCCGUCGCUGGCGGGCUGGAUGCGCCUGCCCGCCAUCGUCAGCGUCCUCGCGUUGUCAUGUUUGACAUCUUUCGCCGCGGCCGACGGCGCGGCUGGCGACUAUUUUGUCCAUUCGCUGCCGGGCGCACCCGAGGGUAGUCCUCUGGUGAAGAUGCACGCAGGGCACAUCGAAAUCACCCCAGAACACAACGGCAACAUCUUUUUCUGGCAUUUCCAGAACAAGCACAUCGCAAAUAAGCAGCGGACAGUCAUCUGGUUGAACGGCGGGCCCGGAUGCAGCUCAGAGGAUGGCGCAUUGAUGGAAAUUGGUCCCUACCGGUUGAAGGACGACCAUACGCUGGUCUACAACGAAGGAGCCUGGAACGAGUUCGCAAACGUGCUCUUCGUCGACAAUCCGGUCGGCACCGGCUAUAGCUAUGCCGAUACAAACGCUUAUGUGCACGAAUUGGACGAGAUGGCUGACCAGUUUGUAACCUUCCUGGAGAAGUGGUAUGCUCUGUUCCCAGAGUACGAACAUGACGAUCUGUACAUCGCCGGAGAAUCCUACGCCGGCCAGCACAUUCCCUACAUCGCCAAGCACAUCCUCGCUCGGAACAAACUUCCUCAGACGAAACACAAGUGGAACUUGAUGGGCCUCCUCAUUGGCAACGGAUGGAUUUCGCCGCCCGAGCAGUAUGACGCCUACCUUCAAUACGCAUACAAAAAGGGUCUGGUGGAGAAGGGCAGCGACAUUGCCAACAAGCUCGAAGUUCAGCAGCGCAUCUGCCAGAAACAGCUCGCCGUCGGCAAUGUCUUCGUCGACAAUCAAGACUGCGAGAAGAUCCUUCAGGAUAUCUUGGAGCUGACCGCCACGCCUGGCAAGAACAAUCAGAAAGAAUGCUACAACAUGUACGACGUGCGCCUCAAAGACACCUUCCCCUCGUGCGGCAUGAAUUGGCCGCCUGAUCUGGCAUCGGUCACACCGUACCUGCGCCGCAAGGACGUCGUCGAAGCCUUGCACGUCAACCCGAACAAGGUGACGGGCUGGGUCGAAUGCAACGGCCAGGUCGGCCGCGCCUUCCACCCGUCCAAGUCCAAACCCUCCAUCGACCUCCUCCCCGACAUCCUGUCCGAAGUGCCCAUCAUGCUCUUCUCGGGCGCCGAAGAUCUCAUCUGCAACCACCUCGGCACCGAAGCGCUGAUCAGCAACAUGGCGUGGAACGGCGGGCGCGGGUUCGAGCUCUCGCCCGGCACGUGGGCGCCGCGCCGCGACUGGACCUUUGAGGGCGAGGCCGCAGGGUUCUGGCAGGAGGCGCGCAACCUGACCUACGUCGUCUUCUACAAUGCCAGCCACAUGGUGCCCUUCGACUUCCCCCGCCGCACGCGUGACAUGCUCGACCGCUUCAUGGGCGUCGACAUCAGCUCCAUCGGCGGCAAACCCACUGACAGCCGCCUCGAUGGCGAAAAAGGCCCCGAGACCACCGUCGGCGGCGCCGCCGGCAACGGCACCGCUGCCCAGCAGGCUGAGAAGGAAAAGCUGGACCAGGCAAAGUGGGAGGCCUAUCGCAAGUCCGGCGAGGUGGUGCUCGCCAUUGUCGCCGUCGCCGCUGCCCUGUGGGGGUUCUUUGUCUGGCGCGACCGCCGGCGGAGGCGCGGCUACCAGGGCUUGCCUGGCGGCGGGCCCGGUGACGGUGGGAACGGUACCGCUUCGAGCGGCGAACGGCGCAGGGGGUUGAGGGGGCUAGAAGGGUUCAGGAGUAAGAGGAGGGGCAAUAACCAGGAUAUAGAGGCGGGCGAUUUUGAUGAGAGUCAGUUAGACGACUUGACCGUGCCUACGCCGACGACAGCGGGUCACACGGCCGAGGAGAACCACGAAGAGGGCGUGGCGAGAUAUAGUCUGGGAGGGGUGAGCGAUGAUGAUGAGGAGGAGGAGGGUAAGAAGAGGAACGGGGCGGUAAAAUCAUCAUAA